AUGUCAGGAGAGAAGAGUGGGAACACAGCAACUGUCAAGGACAACUGGGACAACGAGGACAAGAGGGCAAAGGAAGGAGCAGAUCACAAGCAAAAUGAUACAGGGCAGGCACGAUGGGACUGGACGCGAGAACAUCCAGUGCAGCAAUCUAGUCCGACUUGCCUACUUCGGACACUUUUGUUUGCUACCUUCCCACUUUCAGCAGCGCACUUUCCGUACGAGCAACCCACGGUCAACUUUGCGGCGGUUGCGGGCCUUUGA